AUGUUCAUCGUUGUCAUGGUGACAUCUCAACUGUCACAUGUUCGUGGAUUCACAACCGAUCCCCCCAUUGAUACUUAUACCAGUGCCUCUGGUAAUGUAGAAAGUGGCAGUGCCAGCGGAAAUGACAGUGCCACUUGGAGUGGCAACGCCUCAGGAGAUGUGGACAAUGGCAGUGCCAGUGGAAGCGCAUCUGGAGAUGUGGACGAUGGUGUUAGAAGUGAAAGCGCAUCUGGAGACUUAAGUGGUAGUGGAAAUGGAAGCGCAUCUGGAGAUUUGGACAGUGACAGUGGAAAAGGAAGCUCAUCUGGAGAUUUGGACGAUGGUGUUAGAAGUGGAAGCGCAUCUGGAGACUUAAGUGGUAGUGGAAAUGGAAACCCAUCUGGAGACUUAGGAGGUAGUGGAAGUGCACCUGGAGGCUUAAAUGGUAGUGGAAGUGAAAGCACAUCUGGAGACUUAAGUUGUAGUGGAAGUGGAAACGCAUCUGGAGAUUUAAGUGGAAAUGGAAAAGCAUCUGCAGAUUACAGAGGUGGUGGAAGUGGAAGCACGUCUGGAGACAUGAGUGGAGAUUUGGACGGUGGUAGUGGAAGUGGAAGCGCAUCAGGAGAUUUGGACAGUGGAAGUGGAAGUGGAAGUGCAUCUGGAGAUUUGGACGGCGGUAGUGGAAUUGCAUCUGGGAAUUUGGACGGUGGUAGUGGAAGUGGAAGCAUAUCUGGAGAUUUGGACGAUGGUAGUGGAAGUGGAAGUGCAUCUGGAGAUUUGGACGGUGGAAGUGGAAGUGGAAGUGCAUCUGGAGAUUUGGAUGGCGGUAGUGGAAUUGCAUCUGGAGAUUUGGACGGUGGUAGUGGAAGCGGAAGCGCAUCUGGCGAUAGUGGAAUUGGCAGCGGCACCGAAGAUGUGGAUGAAUGUCAGAGUUCUGAGUCGGUGUGCCCAGCAAUGGCUUAUUGUACGAACACUCACGGCUCGUUCCGAUGCCAUUGUCAAGAUGGAUACACACUCACCGGACAGCCUGAAUCCAGUAAAUUUUUCUGUAUGGAUAUCGAUGAGUGCCAGGAUGAAGCAUUGUACGAUUGUCAUAGCAACGCUACAUGCAUCAAUGAGCCUGGCGCCUACCGUUGCAUGUGCUCAGAGACACAAGGUUACCAUGGCGAUGGCAGAAUUUGCACUCCUCUUGAUCUAUGUGAGAGUGGACCUUGCUUGAAUCAAGGCCAGUGCACCUCAUCCGUAGGAAGUGGCAGCUAUGAGUGUGUGUGUACAGAGGACUUUACAGGAGUCAACUGUGGCAUCAGAGUGGUACCUCAAGGAGCGCCUGCAGUCACCGUGCAUCCCACCCCAAGAGUGACAGUUCGAAAGUACCAAACGGUCACCCUUGAAUGUGGCUUUGAGAACGUGGCAAGUUUCGCUUGGUACAAAAAUGGGGAGAUGCUGCCCGGUACAGCGGGGGUCUCGUUCCUUACACUCGCUGGAGUCAGUUUGACCGAUCGAGGAUACUACUGGUGCCAGGGACGUGGUUUCCAAGGAGUUACAUUGCAGACAAACUCUUCUCUGGUUCUUAUUCUAGGUGUCUCAUCCUUUACCGCACAUACAAGAUAUCCAACUCUGACGUUUGUCGACAGCCUCAAGAACAAAAACUCAGAGGAAUUCCAAAAUACUUCUGCCCAAAUUACAUCAUUUCUCACGGGAGGUUUGCUGUCUAGAGGGAUUCCCGCGAGUGUUUUCACAAAGGAGCUGAGUAGCGGCAGUGUGCUUGCAACCACAGAGAUCCUGAUAGAGCAGGCCGAUAUGACCUCUGAUCGCGAGAGGGUGCAAUCGAUCCAUGGAACUCUCCAGGAGCUCGCGGCAUCUUCAGAUGGUUUCUUGGAGCUUUCCUCCAUCUCUAUCCAGAGCAGUGGGAGCUGUGUUGAGUCCACCUGGCCGUCCAUUUAUGGACCGAUCACUUUCCCAGCUGGAUCUCUCGGUUUCUACUCAGAAUCCAGCCCUGGUCGUCUCUGUCCUGAUUAUACCAUCAACGGUGGCCAGAUUAUUGCUAGAGCUGUUUGUCUCGGGGACGGUUUUUCAGUGGCCUACUGGUUCCCGGAGAACCAACCUGAGUUGAUGUGUGGUCGUAAUCUGACAAUCGAUGAAAAAUUAGCCCUACUCAGCGAGGUGCCUGUCACUGAGGAGAAUGUGAUGGUGGUGGCGUCUCGAGUUGUGUCUCUGACUGAUAAUGCUACAAUGCUGGGUGAAGGAGGAGUUGACUCAACUGCUACCAUCGUGGAAAAUAUCGCCAGUGUCAAUGUCUCGAAUACGCAGGUAACGAUCUCUGUAGUUCAGACUGCGAGCAAUCUCAUCGACAUUGAUGACGAACUCUUGCGGGAGGUUCAGAUGAAAACCCACGCUCCGACUCGAAUCGCCCGAAGUUUGGAGCAACAACUUCAGACGGUUCCAGAUUUCCGCGAAAUUAGUCCGAACGUCGGGGUCGAGGUCCGCACGGUGCCCGAGGCCACCCUCCUGCGAGGUCUGAGCUUCACCAGCUUGAAUUCCACCGAGUAUCCUUUUGAAGAGUCCAGCUUGACGAUAAUGGACUCGGAGGAUAUCAGUCUAGGAUACCAAGGUGGUGUCUCGGAGAUGCCCCACGCCAUACUCAUGCUGCCUCCUGAAGUCAACAUUCUGGCAAGACGUGAUGAUAGUGGCGGUGUGCGCGUGAGUUUUUCCGUCUUCAGGAAGGGAAGUCUCUUCCAGUCGCUGUCUCUGGCAGACUUUAACAAGGGAGAGGAACGAUUCAAUCGGACCAUCAACACGCGUGUCAUGUCGGCCACCGUGGGAAGCCAACCAAUCACAAACCUGAAUGAACCUGUAACGAUACUACUCAGCAAACUUGAUAAUGCCUCGUUCAGUAACAACACGCGAUGUGUUUUCUGGAACGCCGAUGAGGAAAAAUGGUCGAGUGAAGGCUGUCGUUUACGAGAAAAUUACGUCACAGAUCAGUAUCUCGCUUGUCAGUGUGACCAUUUGACAAACUUUGCAGCUCUGACGGACAUCUACUCAGAGUCACCUUUGACCGAGACUCAGGAGUUCAUCCUGAAGUUGUUGAGUCUGGUUGGAUGCGGGAUGUCAAUUCUGGGACUGCUUAUCAUAAUGGUGACCUACCUCAGUUACAGACAACUUCGAAGCGGUCUUGCCAACAAGAUUCUGCUGAGUCUGUGCGCCUCUUUGCUGUGUCUGUACAUCACCUUUGUGGUUGCCACGGCUCUGGAUUCAGAGCGAGGCGUUGCCGAGUUGGAUGUGUUGCCGUGCUGCGUCCUGGCCGGCUUCCUGCAUUACUUCACACUGACGUCGCUCUGUUGGAUGGGCGUGGAGGGCCUCAACAUGUAUCUAAUGUUUGUUAGAGUGGUCAAUGUGUAUGUGCCGAAAUUCAUGCUCAAAGCAUCACUGGCUGCUUGGGGUAUUCCUGUGUUUAUUGUGGCAAUCACAGCUGGGGCUACCAGGCAGAAUUACGUUGGAACGGACUUUUGCUUUUUGCAGCAGAUUCCACUGAUAGCUGGUCUCCUAGCUCCAAUCGGCCUCAUCCUUCUCUUCAACAUUGUCGUCUUUUCGCUGGUAAUGCGGCAGUUCAUCAAGACAUCCAACAACGACCUCCGUAGGAACAGGGACGAUAUGUCCAAACGGAAGCUGCACAAGCAGCGUUUGCAGAACGCCCUGACUGUAAUGACCCUGAUGGGGCUAACGUGGUCCAUCGGCUACCUGAAUCUCGUCCAAGCAAUAUCAUUCCCCGUUCAGCUAGUCUUCUGUCUGCUGAACACGCUGCAGGGCUAUUUCAUCUUCAUGUUUUACGGUGUCAGAAGGGCUGAAGUGAGGAAGCAGUGGAGGAGUUUCUUCAGCUUUACCCUUCAGAGCGAGACCGCUCAGCAUUCAUCCUCGGAGGGUGCCCGUUCAAGCAGGGCACCUAUGAUCCAACCCCACUUUGAUCCUCGAAGCGUGCCAAAGCCACCAACAGAGAUAUAUCGCGCACGAUCAAGCUUAAUGCAAUAACUUCAGAAAUGUUCUUAUAAAAGUAUUACGUUAAAUCAAGUCAGGCGCCACUUUUCGGAACGAGGUGUCAUGUAUAGCACAUAAUUCAUCUAGGAAUUGCGUUAGGAUUUGUCAGCUUAAAGGAGACUUUCAUCUGACUGGAAUGCGACUUUUUUUGGCUCAAUAACGCGUUCACAAUGAAAAUGAUAAUGGUUGGAAAAAAGUAGAAUAUAAACACGCACACAAAAUACCUUGACAUUGUUUUUCAACUUUUCACGUUAUAAUCGCGCAAGACCUUUUGUCCUCGAAAAUCAAAAACCGUUGGGGUGCUUUUUUUUCCAGCUGAAUUGCAGCUGAAAAUAAUUAUAGUCUGCGGAUCAGACAUUCAUGUGUGCAGAGCCACGGUCGAACGUCUGAUAUAUCCUAACAUGCAAAUGGUAUGUGGCCCCACACGUCAGCCAAUGUGAGUCGACUUUUACAAACUGUGACGUCAUUUUGAUCAGAAAUGUGGACUAAGCCGUUGAUUGGUCAAAUUGGAUGUCAAGUUGUGUAAUACAACAACGGGUUACCGAAGACCCGAUAUAGAAGGCGCCCGCUGAAUGGUAAGAAUCUCGAGGUCAAGACGCAGUCUCGUUUUGCAUAAAUAAUCGCCGAAUCUGCUCGCGUAUCAUAGACCUUUGUUUUGCAAAAUGUUCCAUAGACUACAGCAAACUUGGCGGACGCUGCAGAUUUUUGGAUGAAAAUUAUAGCACGCAUCAGAAUUCACUGUGAUAGUUGAAUGAAGCAGAAUAUUUUUACUGGGUGAGUAA